AUGGCUGAGGAAUCAAGGGAUGAGGAAGGAACUAUAGUCAGAACUGCUCCGGUACCAAACCCUUCUGCCCAAGAUGAUAAGUUAGAUAAGUUAUGCAACAUGUUCGAGAAAUUCAUGAAGAACCAAGGAACAUCCAACCAAGGGACCCCCAACAUCCGGAAACCUCCAGGAGGAAAUAAUGGGGGACAACAUCAAAAACCCUUCGAACCUUACAGGCAGCAGUAUAACAAUCAAGGGUGGAGACAACACGAAAACUUCAGGUACGGCAAUAACAACUUUUUGGGGCCAAACCAAGGACAAACGAGCAAUCCACCACAAUACUCGCAACAACCUCAACAGGCAAGAGGGUCCUCCCUGUCAGAACUUGUGCACCAAAUGGCGCAACAACAAGUGAAAUUCCAGCAAGAGACCAAAAAAUUCAUAAUGGAGACAAGAGGAGGGAUGCGGAAUGUGAAUGCCCAACUGUCACAUCUUGCCCAAGCGGUAGCUCGACUUGAAAGCAAACAAGGGGAACUUUCUUCCCAAGUGGAGGUAAAGAAAGUGAAUGCUAUGACACUUAGAGGUGGAAAGAAACUACCCGAGGUUGUUGGAAAGAAAAAUCAAGAGGAACCAGAGGUUAGUGAGGAGGUUGGAAUGGGAUCGGCAGACGAGGAAGAACUUGCCCAAGAAAGAGAAAUCAAGAAGAAGGCAACAGGAAAAGGCAAAGAGAAAUUGAGCCAGACUGAGCCCAUAAUCCCCUUCCCAGGCAGAAUGGCCAAGGAACAAGAAAAGGAAGAGCUAACCGAAUUGGUGAAAAUCUUCAAAAAGGUGGAAGUUAAUAUGCCCCUUCUGGUCGCACUACGUUCUAUGCCCAGAUGUGCGAAAUUUCUCAAGGAGCUCUGCACUCGAAAAGUCAAAUAUACUGACGAUACCAAGUUUGAAGUGGGCGAAUCAGUAUCAGCGGUCCUACAAAGAGAUAUGCCCAUAAAGUGUGGGGAUCCUGGAAUGUUCUACAUCCCUUAUGUAAUAGGAACCAUGAAGGUGGAGAAGGCAAUGCUUGACCUAGGGGCAUCCAUCAACGUUAUGCCUCUAUCCAUGUACCAGGACCUGGAGAUAGGACCACUGAAGCCUACUCGAGUGGUGAUUCAACUGGCAAACAGGUCAAACGUAUACCCAGAGGAAAUAUUGGAAGAUGUAUUGGUCAAAGUGGAUGAACUCAUUUUUCCAGCGGACUUCAACAUCCUUGACAUGGGGAAGUCAAAAGCACGCAAUCCAGUUAUGCUUUUGGGGAGACCUUUUCUAAAGACUGCAAGGACACGCAUCGAUUGUGAUACGGGCAAACUGACAUGUCAGUUCGAGGGAGAGACAGUGACAUUCGACAUAUAUAACGCCAUGAAGCACCCAGUUGACACAGAGAUGGUAAAAAGUAUCGACAUAAUUGAUAGAGUUGUUGAGGAGGUUUUGCCCAGAAAGGCAUUCAGGGAACCGUUUGAUGUGAUAAUCCAGAAUGGCAUCACCGAGGAAGAUAUUCAAGAGGAACCACUACAAGAGGCGGUGAAGAUGCUAAAUGCUUGGAGCGAAGGAGUCAACCAUACGGAGGCUCUAAACAUCCCUACCCUGAAGGAGGAAGACCGAUUGGUAUCCUCAAUCUAUAGAGCCCCCAAGCUCGAACUGAAAUCUCUGCCCAAACAUCUCAAGUACAUCUUUUUAGGAGAUAAUGACACUUUGCCCGUAAUCAUUAACUCAGAGUUGACACCCGAAGAACAAAACAAGGUCAAGAAAACCCUGGGUAAGUACAAGGAAGCUAUUGGAUGGACCCUUGCCGAUAUCAAGGGCAUAAGCCCUACCGUAUGUAUGCACCGCAUAUUGCUAGAAGAAGAUGUAAUUCCAGUCCGAGACCCCCAGAGGAAACUAGAUCCAGCCAUGAAGGAAGUUGUGAUGAAGGAGAUACUCAAGCUACUGGAUUUGGGCAUAAUAUACCCCGUGUCCGAUAGUAGGUGGGUGAGUCCAGUGCACGUUGUGCUCAAGAAGUCUGGCAUACAAGUGGUGAAGAAUAAUCUGAUUUCUGCACCCAUAAUACAACCUCCAGAUUGGGGGAUGCCUUUUGAGGUGAUGUGCGACGCCAGUGGAUAUGCCAUAGGGGCAGUUCUUGGGCAAAAACGGGGAAAGGAAAGCCAUGUCAUCUACUAUGCCUCAAAGACCCUGAAUGGAGCUCAAAUCAAUUAUUCCACAACAGAAAAUGAGAUGUUGGCAGUAGUGUUCGCUUUCGAGAAAUUCAGGUCCUACUUGCUUGGGGGAAAGACCACAGUCUACACCGAUCAUGUGGCCUUGAAGUACCUUUUGGCCAAAAAGGAGUCUAAGCCCAGGUUGAUCCGAUGGGUUCUACUUUUACAAGAAUUCGACGUGGAGAUUAAGGACAAGGCUGGAGCACAAAAUCAAGUGGCCGAUCAUUUAAGCAGGAUUGUGAGGAAAGAAGAGGGGGAACCAAUCAAGGAGAUGUUCCCUGACGAGCAGUUGUUCUAUUCUCAAGGAAGAAAGGAAGACCCUUGGUAUGCAGACUUGUGCAAUUACAUAUGUUCUGGAUAUGUGCCCUUCGGGUACACUUAUGCCCAGAAGAAGAAAUUAGCUAAGGAGAGCAGAGAGUACAUUUAG